AUGUCUACGGUGACCCGCGCCUACCUCGACCAGAGGCUCGCCGUCGCAAAGCGCUGCUCCAGAGAGGCCGCCAUGGCAGGAGCAAAGGCCGCGGCCGUCGCCACCGUCGCAGCCGCAAUCCCCACCCUGGCGAGCGUGAGGAUGCUGCCGUGGGCGAAGGCGCACCUGAACCCCGCCGGCCAGGCCCUCAUCAUCUCCACCGUCGCCGGGAUGGCAUACUUCAUCGUCGCCGACAAGACCAUCCUGUCCAUGGCCAGGAAGCACUCGUUUGAGGACGCGCCGGACCAUCUCAAGAACACCUCCUUCCAGUAA